AUGAGCCUCCUCCUUCGCGUCACUGCUUUUCUUCUCGUACUCCCAUUCACUUCCUACGCGUUCGAAUGCACCUCCUCAAACGCCUUCUCUCUUGGUCUACCUUCGCAAGAUACCCCGGGAUCCGACUCAUCUAUCACAGACAUAUGCGCACAAUUCAAAUCCGAUCCGACAGCGUAUCAAGCCUGCACUGACAACGCAUUGACUGGACAGUGCAAUUCCGUCGGAUGUCCAGACUCCUCGAGUGACACCACAUCAGACUUGAUUAGCAACCCUGGGGAUGAUCUCAUUGGAUCUGGGUCGAGUAACGACGACAGUGGUCUGAUUAAGGCGAAACGAGCGGAGACGCUGACUUGCAAUACUGGCGACACAUGCUGGGCAGAUGAAAGUGGUGGGUUGUAUUGUAUUGAUAUAGCUACAGGUGAUUACCGCGACAACCAAGGCAAUAGCGGCAACAUCUGGAAGGACUCUUACAACAGCGAGGACUAUUCGACGCACACGUCAAUGGCGAGCUCGCACGCUACAGCAUCCUCGACUCGGUCCGCAACAGGCAGCACAUCAGGCAUCAUCCCAACAAUGACUUCUACAGCAUCGCCAGCGUCCACGCCAUCGUCUGCUGCGAAUCAUCGGGUGCAAGCCUACCAGCGAUUGCUUGUUGUGUUGGUGAUGGUCAGUGUGGGCUUUGCGGUUGCCGCGAGCUAG